UGUUUAAAGAGGAACUGACGUAGAGAAACCGGAUGACGUUGUGACACGAUAGAAGCACUAGUCUUUUUGCCAAGGCUAGAUCCAACAGUAGCUUGGAAAUAUAUUUUCGCCUGUUUCGUUGUAACAUCAGACGUAUAUUGUAUAAAUGGAAUAGUUAGCUAACGGUUCCACGUCGUGGUUGAAGCCCAUGUUAACUUCAGAAGCGUGUUUGUUUGUUCUUUUUGGGUUAGUUUUGUAGCUUCGAAAUUAGCUUUCUAGCUGGCUAGAUAAGCAGGUAGCUGGCUAGCUGUAAAGAAUAAAGCUAGUUCACUAGGAAACUAGCUAACUACAAACAACGCCCUGUGUAGACAGGGCGCAGGUACGACUAGACAGUUACAAGAGAAGCCCAAUUCCUGGGCUCGAAACGGCAGGAAUACGAAGAAGAUUGUUGUGGUGCGCAGGGGGGGGACCUCUGCCCGAAAAAGAUAAGCAUGGACUUCGAAAAUGUCCUCUCAAUUGCUUCACAAAACCAGGGCCUCAACAGCGUAAGCCUAAAGAAGCGCUACAGCCUUCAGGCUGGCCCACCUAAGAAAGAUCCAAGAUCAAAGGGUGUCAACUCAGCUGCGAUCCAGGCUUUCUUGAAAAAGAGAGAGGUGGAGGAUAAAAAGAAAGAGCAAAAAAUGAAGAAGCAAAAAGAUGAGCUAUUGGCAAAAAGGGUGGAGCUGAAGUCUGACAGAAAGGCCCGGGCAAUGGCAUCCCGGACCAAGGACAACUUCAAGGGCUACAACGGCAUCCCAGUGGUUGAGCUGCCCAAAAAGAGAGGGAUGAAGGCUGAAGCAUCAGAAGACCACAGGGACACAGAUUAUGAGGACAACUAUGAGUACUCCCAGAGUGACUCAGACCCAGACCCAGACCCAGACCCAGAGCCAGAGCCAGAGAGGGUGCCCAGCAGGCCCCUCUCAAAGCCCUCCCAGAAGCCCCCCGCUGCAACCAAGCCUGCCCCACCACCCAUGAACUUUGCAGAACUCCUGAAGCUGGCGCAGAAGAAGCAGUUUGAGCCGGUGGAGCUGAAGCCCGUCAAGAAGAGUGAGGAGAGGCUGCGCACGGCGGAGGAGCUGAAGGAGCUAGAGAUGGAGCGUAGGGCCAGGCGACUGGAUCGCGGAGGAGAUGCCAGGCAGGAUCGGGGAGGAGACACGAGGCAGGAACGGGGAGGAGACGCCAAGCGGGAUCGGGGAGUAGAUGCCAAGCGAGACAGGGGAGUAGGAGAUGCCAGGCAGGACCGGGGAGGAGAAGGCAGGCAGGACCGAGGAGGAGACUGCAGGCAGGACCGGGGAGGAGAAGGCAGGCAGGACCGAGGAGGAGAAGGCAGGCGGGACCGGGGAGGAGAUGCUAAGGGGAUCCAGGGAGUAGAUGCCAGGCGGGACCGGGGAGGGGAUGCCAGGUGGGAGCAGGGAGGAGACAUCAGGCAGGAGUGGGGAGGAGAUGCCAGGCAGGACCGGGGAGGAGAUGCCAAGGGGAUCCGGGGAGGAGACGCCAGGCGGGACCGAGGAGGAGAUUCCAGGCAGGAGUGGGGGGGAGACAUCAGGCGGGAGCGAGGAGGAGAUGCCAGGCGGGAGCAGGGAGGAGACGCCAGGUGGGAGCGAGGAGGAGACGCCAGGCAGGACCGGAGGCCACAGGCUACCCCCAGCUCCUCCAAGAGGAGUGCACCCAUGCUCACAGCCAACAAGAUGGCUCAGAAUGGGAAACCGCACAAGAGCUCCUCAGAGAAGCCCCCUCUGACUGGGACCAGUAAGAAACCAAAGCCCCACGCCCCCGGGGAGAGGGAGAGGGAGAAGGUGAGGGAACGGCCGAAUGGCUCCUCCAAGCCAUCCUGCCCAGCCCGACCCAAACCUGUCUCCGGCAGCUCCAGCCCUUCAGGUGCCUUCUGCAGCAAAGCACCUAUGAAAGCCAGCACUCUGGCGACCGCCAAAAUGCCUGCACCCAGACCUGCGUUGAGCCAGAGACCGCCAAGCAGCACCAGCAGUGACCUUAUCCACAGGAAAGGGAACCCUCCUUCGCUACCUCCUGGGAAAUCGGCUGGGUCUGGGACCCGACCCAGCUCUACCCCUCACGGUUCCACCCCUGCCAGACCCCCCGGCAUGGCCAAGCUGAGCUCUGGCACCUCAGGGAGACCUGGGGGCUCUGUCCCCCCGCAGCCCAGGAAAGGGGAGCCGGCACGGCUGGGGAAAGGGCCCCCACCCCCAGCCAGGCCAAGCAGCAACGGACAGACCCGACCAGCCCCCUCCGGCCCUCCGAGACCCUCUGGCCAUCUCCAGCCCAGGCCUGGGGGGAGUUCCCAAAGUGGGGUCCGGCCCAUGCCCCAAGGGCCCGGUAGGCCAGGGGACAGCAGCAGCAACGGACAGACCCGACCAGCCCCCUCCGGCCCUCCGAGACCCUCUGGCCAUCUCCAGCCCAGGCCUGGGGGGAGUUCCCAAAGUGGGGUCCGGCCCAUGCCCCAAGGGCCCGGUAGGCCAGGGGACAGCAGCGCACAGGGGCGACCCAUCAGCAGCCUGGGCUCCGGGCCCGGGAGACCCAAGUGCACGGUGGUGUCCGAAACCAUCUCUUCCAAGAACUUUGUGCCAAAACCUGGAAUGGGACCAAGGAUUCCUCCAGGAUACAGACCCAUGAUGAGACCACCUGGCCCACCUCUCCCGCCAAUAACCUCCAGCUACAAGCGCAAGUAUGAGGACAUGGAGGAUGAGUACGACUCUGAAAUGGAGGAUUUCAUCGAUGACGAAGGGGAAGACCAAAGCGUAAUCUCCAAGCACAUCAGGGAAAUUUUCGGCUAUGACCGGACCAAAUUCAAAGAUGAAAGUGACUAUGCACUGAGGUUUAUGGAGAGCAGCUGGAGAGACCAGCAAAAAGAGGAGGCCAGGAGCCUGAAGUUGGCCGUGCUUGAGGACCUGGAAGAGGAGAAGCGGGAGGAAGAGGAACUGAAACAGCAAAGUGCCAAGAAGAGAAAAAACAGAUAGUGUUCAUCUGUUUGGUUACAAGAGAACUUUGUCCUUCACGCCAAGAGCAGGGGGGUGUGGACUAGGAGGCCGAGCCACUGCCCCAUGAAACGCUGCACAUUUUCCUCCCGUUCAUUUGUGUUUGAUAUCGAGGAGGAUGAGAGGACGUUUGGAACAGGGAAAACUGACGAAAUGAAAAAAGCAAGAGAAAGUGGAAGGAUUGGAACAGUUGGUAGGAAGGGAGAGCAGUGAGCUGACAACUCCUCUGUUACACUAUUUAUUUCCCCAGAAUAAGCAGGUUUUGCACUACUUUUGUCAUCAAUCAUUGAGCUGCACCCUAUUAAUGGAAGAAUAAUAUAAAAUCAUGUUCCUCAAAUGUUUUUUUUUCUGUCGAUAGAAAUCUUAGAUAUUUACUUUUUAGUUGCCCAAUCAGUGAACAGCAGCUAAUCUGUUUUUCAGUCAGAGUAUAGACAUAUGGCCCUCAGCCUUUGUGGUCUCCUUUUACUAAUGCUAAUAAUUUAAUUGCUUACAGGAGAAGACAUAAUGCCAUUUGUAAUGUAUUUUUCCCUUGUUUAAAAGAUUUGACAGAU